AAAUACGCAGCGCUGCCACGUCGUGGGUUUAUAUAGGGUCAAGCGGAAGCGAUUAGGCGCCAUUUCAUUGCGGAGUUGUUUAGCGGUGUUUCGGUGGAAGUGCAGCGUCAACAGCGGUGGAAAAAAUUGGAUUGUAAUAACACUCCCCCUUCAGCCCGAUGGAAGCGGCCAUCAACCCGCAUCACGACAGCUCUCUGGUGGGGUUGUCUAGUGGCGGGAUGGAGCAACACAGCAGCUCGGGCAAACGCAUUCGCAAGCCCUCCUUGUUGUACGAGGACUUUGAGAGCCCGUCUCUGCCGCACACGAUGCCCCAGGGUCCUCCUGUCCCGCCACAGCCCCCGGUGAAGGAUCCCAGCCGCUCAGGCCGCAUGACCAACCAGCUGCAGUUUCUCCAGAGGACCCUGAUGAAGUCUCUGUGGAGGCAUCAGUUUGCCUGGCCUUUCCAUGAGCCUGUGGACGCCUACAGGCUCAACCUCCCGGAUUACCAUAAAAUUAUCAAACAGCCCAUGGACAUGGGGACCAUAAAAAAGCGUCUGGAGAACAAUUUCUACCGCAGCGCAAGUGAGUGCAUACAGGACUUCAACACAAUGUUCACCAACUGCUACAUCUACAACAAGCCGACAGACGACAUUGUGCUGAUGGCUCAGUCCUUAGAGAAGAUCUUCCUCCAGAAGGUGGCUCAGAUGCCGCAGGACGAGCUCGAGCUGCCUCCUCCGGCUCCUCGGAGCAAGAACAGCAGGGGGAGAGGUCGCAAAUCUAACUCGAGGGCUCAGCAGGUGCCGGCAGUGUCCCAGUCAGCCUACUCCCCUUCCUCCUCAGACACCGGGGACUCCAUGCUCGCCAACUCUCCUCAGACUGUGCUGACCAAAAGCCUGCCUCCCGCCAACAUCAUGGGCCUGCCGCCUACACAGCCCACAACCAAGAAAAAGGGUGUGAAACGUAAGGCAGACACCACCACCCCCUCCACCAUGGGCUUGACUGUGGGCAUGUCAGGUGCAACACACAUGGUGGGCUUGGGGAAAGGAGGCCACGGGGGCCAGGUCCACGACACCUCCAUGCACACCAUCUCCAUGGGGGGCAUGGGCUUGGACAGCCAACCUGGAAUGGGCCUGGUCAGGAGCCCUGGAGGUCCCGUCCUGCUGCAGCCCAUGAUGGCAGGCGGCGGACGCAGAGUGGGCAGCGGACGCCCAAUUAAACCCCCCAAGAAGGACUUGCCUGAUUCUGUGCAGGCUCAGCCCUCCAGGAAGGGUAAACUGAGUCCUCAGCUGAGGUACUGCAGCGGGCUGCUGAAGGACAUGUUGUCUAAGAAACAUGCUGCGUACGCCUGGCCUUUCUACACGCCUGUGGAUGCAGCUGCACUGGGACUUCACGACUAUCAUGACAUUAUCAAGUGUCCCAUGGACCUCAGCACCAUCAAGAGGAAGAUGGACUGUCGUGAAUACAGGGAUGCUCAACAGUUUGCUAGCGAUGUCAGGCUCAUGUUCUCCAACUGUUACAAGUACAACCCCCCUGACCAUGAUGUUGUGGGCAUGGCACGGAAGCUGCAGGACGUGUUUGAGUUCCGUUUUGCCAAGAUGCCAGACGAAGCACCCAUGGAUCACACAGCCAUGUCAAUGAGUGGCCAUCCAACAUCCUCGUCCUCUUCUUCUUCCUCCUCCUCGUCCUCCUCUUCCUCCACCUCCGAGAGUGAGCCCAGCAGUGAGAGCGAAGAGAGCGAGAGCAGCCCCAACUCAGACAGCGAGGAGGAGCGAGCACACCGCCUGGCUGAGUUACAGGACCAGGUGUGCACUCAACUCAGAGCCAUGCACGAGCAGCUGGCUGCCCUCUCCCAAGGCCCCAUCAUUAAGCCCAAGAAGAAGAAAGAGAAGAAGGACAAAAAGGAGAAGAAGAAAAAGAAGAAGCUGGAGAAGCGAAGUCGGGUUGUCAGAAGCAGAGCUGGCUCUGAGGAAUGGAAAAUGCCCGGCAAGAUCCUGAAAACCAAGACUGCCAGAGCAGGUGGCUCCCAGCCCAAGAAGAGUCAGGGGAAGAAGAGUAACAAGAACAGCAAAACCACCAAGAAGCCAUUCUACCCCCCGCCCCCCGUUUCCAUGCUGCCACACUACGACUCUGAGGAAGAGGAGGAGAUCGUGCCCAUGUCCUACGACGAGAAACGCCAGCUGAGCCUCGACAUCAACAAGCUGCCGGGGGAGAAGCUGGGUCGCGUCGUCCACAUCAUUCAGUCCAGGGAGCCUUCGCUGAGGGACACAAACCCAGAGGAGAUCGAGAUCGACUUUGAAACCCUCAAACCCUCGACGCUGAAAGAGCUGGAGCGCUACGUCAUGACCUGUCUGAGGAAGAAGCCCCGUAAGCCUUACGGUGAACAAGCAGGUCCAGCAGGAAAGAAAGGCGGUGUUGCCAAGUCCAAAGAGGAGAUCACUCUGGAGAAGAGGAGGGAGCUGGAGAGGAGGCUGCAGGAUGUCAGUGGGCAGCUCAAUUCUGUCAAGAAACCAACGAAACCUAAAGUGGAGAAGCCCAGCGCUGCAGAGACUCACACUCAGCCCUCGCGCCUCAGCGGCAGCAGCUCCAGCUCCGACUCAUCUUCCUCCUCCUCUUCCUCCUCGUCCUCAGACACCAGUGAUUCAGACUCUGGUUGAGAUCCUUCGUACUGGCUGAGAGAGAAAACACUAAUAACUCAGGGACUUGGGCUGGCCCAGGACACAACACACCCUGAAAGAGCAGUGGGCUGAGAUAUUAGACACCAUGGCGAAAAAACACUCCAAGUGGACUCCUAAAAUGCUUUGAAUGUGGGACUGAGGGACGUGAAACAACGUCUCUGUGGAUAAUCGUAGAACCCAAACACUAAAUGCCUUGGUUUCCCCCUCUUCCCCUUUGUAAAUACUUGUACAAAUUUAUGUUUCUUUUAUAAAGAAGAAUUUUAUGGUGAUCCCCCAAAGAGGGAAGCGGAGUAAUUAAAAAAAAUGUUUAAAAAAAGGAUGUGGAAAGAUGGGCCUUACUCCAAAUCUGCUUUGGCUGGCCUUAUGCUGCGUCCUCUGUGGCGAGGGAAUGGAAGAGUGUUUAUUUAUUUGUUUUCUUCACCCACAUUUCCUCAGACGUUACUGGAAUUUGAACCAGCAACCUUUUUGGUCUCAAGCCUUGCUUUUCUAACAUCUGGCCUUCUGCCACACUUAAUUUUUAGAUCGACCCCUUAGACUCAGCCUUAAUCCUCCAGAUUGUUAAUAACAGUGAAGUUAUUUGGGAAAAUAAUACACUGCAACAGAGCUCUUAAGAUUUCUUUUCAUACUCACAGGAACUUUUGAGCAAACCUCCGGUAUCUGCCAUUUUUCAGGUGAAAAUUUCCAAGUUCUGAA